AUGAACUUCUCUGAAGAUGUCUCUCUGCUGCUGUCUCUCGGCCUCUCUUGUCUUAUCUUGAUUUUCAGCAUAAAGAAGAUUUUUGGGAAAAGCGGGAACCUCCCUCCAGGACCUAAACCCCUUCCGCUACUGGGGAAUUAUUUACAAUUAAGGAAAGGGGACUUCGUACAAACGCUCCUGGAGAUAAGUGAGCGAUAUGGAGACGUCUGCACGAUAUACCUGGGGACCCGUCCGGUGGUGAUGGUCACUGGAUACAAGGCAGUGAAGGAGAUCCUUGUGGACAGAGCAGAUGACUUCUUGGCUCGGGGGGCCAUGCCAAUAUUUGACGCUUUAUACAAGAACUACGGACUGAUUUACACCAGCGACAUGCACCGCUGGAAGGAGCUCCGCCGAUUCUCUGCCUCCACCUUACGGGAUCUGGGUUUCGGAAAGAGGAGCACAGAAGACCGCAUUCGGGAGGAAGCGGCUUGUCUGGUGGCCGAGCUCAAUAAGACCAAAGGAGCUGCAGUUCACCCGCGGUCGAUCCUCACCAAGGCUCCGUGUAACAUCAUCUUCUCCAUUAUGUUCGGGAGCCGCUGCGACUACGAGGACAAGGAGCUUCUGAACGUGCUGAAUUACAUCUAUCAGUCGUUUGUGAUCGCGAGCUCUCCGUGGGGGCAGUGUUUUGACAUGUUCCCGAGGAUGAUGGCGUUCCUUCCGGGACAACAUCAGAUUUUUUUCCACUACCUGGGGGAACUCGUGCGCUACGUAGAGAAGAAGGUUGAAGACAAUAAGAAGACUUUGGAUCCCAGUAACAUAAGGGAUUACGUGGACGCUUUUCUCGUUAAAAUGGAAAAGGAGAAGAUGGAUCCGAAGACUGAAUUUGAUAUGAGGAACCUGGUGUUUAGCACGCUGCAGAUCUUCUUCGCUGGGGUGGAGACCAUGAGCACGACCCUCACAUACGCUCUCCUGAUUCUGCUGAAAUAUCCUCAUGUUCUCGACGAGGUCCACGAAGAAAUCGACCGAGUUAUUGGUAGAAAUCGUAGCCCAAAAUUACAGGACAGGAGCCGGAUGCCGUACACCGAGGCCGUGAUGCACGAAAUGCAGAGAUUUGUAGACCUUCUCCCGCUGGGAGUGCCGCGAAAAACGACAAAGGAUGUGGAGCUACGAGGAUACACCAUUCCCAAGGACACUGAUAUUUUUCCAAUUCUCACCACGGUGCUGAAGGAUCCAACCUGCUUCCCGUACCCAACCGAAUUCAACCCCCAAAACUUCCUAGACGAAAAUGGAGAAUUUAAGAGGAAUGAGGCCUUCAUGCCUCUGGCUGCAGGAAAGCGGGUCUGCCUUGGGGAGGCGCUGGUGAGAAUGGAACUCUUCCUCUUCCUGGUAACCAUUAUACAGAACUUCAAACUCACCUCUUCUGUGCCGGUGGAAGAGUUGGACAUCACACCCGAUGUAUCCGGACUCGGGAACAUCCCAAAACCUUACAAAGUGUCUUUCACCCCCCGUUAACCCUUCUUCUACCAUAGACAAGUUAUCAGUUAUAAAAAGUUUAAGAACAAAACAUA